GUGAGAUGAUUCCUUCAGUGAUGCAGCGCAGGCGUCUUCGUCGUGCGGCGACGAUCGAGGCAGCGGAAUGCGUGCUCCCGGCGCUUCUUCCAUUCAUGCGAUCGCAGCUCCUGGAGCGCUAUCCCAAGGGCAACACGCGAGGUAGGCACUGGAAGCAUCUCAAGCAGAUCGUCCAGGCCGAGAAUUUCCAUCUCCUUCCCGCAACUAUGUUAACAUCGAAUCGCCUCCUUCCAUUUAUCCUUCCAAGAAAUACUGCGACGUCUCUGGAUUUGAGCUCAGGUAUGCAAAUGCCGAUGUCUUGAAGCGCAUCAGGUGUCUUCCCGACGAUUACGUUCAAGGCUACUUGGGUCUCUGUAGUUCUCAAGUAAACUCUCCUCCUCGACUUAUAGCACAGUUAUAGAAUGCUACUCGCGGGGAAUUCAGCAACUCGAGUAACAGCAGAGUAAGGGCCGGGAAACUGGAAGGCUGGCGUUGGCAUAAAGAUCCCAGGACAGGAUGUCUCGGCUUUCGAGGUGUCUUUUCGGACCGCCAUUGAAUGAUGCCGCUCAAGAGGUUGCCGAGGAGCAGUAUUAUCUUUUGUCGAGGUUGGAGCAAGGAAUUCCAGAAGGACCGGCUGUGGAGGUUUUCUCUACUGUGUUGAGUUUUUCUUAAUCUAGUGAUUGACAGGGAGGCGAUUCCUCUCGAAUACAAUCCGGAAGAUCUGAACGCGAUCGACUUCGACAAUGGAGCGAUCAUUUUCUUGACAGAAAUCAGUGAGGCAGUGAGUCCUGGUGCUGAAAUCGUCGGCGCAGAAUCGUCCAAGAAGAUGGAUACUGUGACCAUUGUACAGGGAUGUGCUCUUGUCAGACUGAAAGCGGUGUCCAAACCACUAAGCAUAGGUGGCGGCAUGCAACGAAGGUCCUACCACACAAGUGGUUUUCGUCCGCGGUGAUUUUCUAGUGAGCACGGCGGGGGUGAAUAGCGGCUAAAAAAUGGACGGGAAGCCUUUCGUUCUGGUCGUGGCCAUCGUUUUGCUAUGGUCUUCAUCUCCAGCAGAAUCGAAGGAUUGCUCCAGAAUUCAAAGGAAGACUUACAAAUCUCCAGCUUUUUCUCUGGAGCCGGGAGAGGUCCAAGACCGAUACUACAAGAUCGAGUUUCCCAAAGGUCAUAUUGGCGUCAAGAACUUUCAGGGAGAGAUUGUAGAUGAGCUUGGGAAUCCCGUGCCUCUGACCGAACUCUAUCUGCAUCACUGGGUGGUAUUUGGCCUCUACCUGAAGAGCUCCGAGAGAAAAGAGCUGGUCAGAGGCGGUUUCCAUGAUCGUCUAGGCUCGCCAUCCGCUAUAAUCACUGGAAACGAUGGAAUUUGUCAGCACAACGUCCAUUCACAGUUCUGGGGUCUUGGUGCCGAGACAAGGCACACGAGCUACUUUGUUCCAGGAUCCUAUGCUAUCGGCAUUGGCAACCCUCCGGAAGGCUACGAGGAGCUCUUUGUGCUCAAUCUCCAUGCCAUCGACGGCAGAGGAACAUAUGAUCCCCAACUAUGCCAUGAGUGCCGCUGCAGCUUGUACAACGUAACAACAGAAAUCUCGGGACAACCUUUGAAGGAAGGCUACAAAGGCGGUCUGCGUUGCUGCUACGAAGGGACCAAAUGCGCAGUGAAGCCGGGAUUUCAAGCACCAAAGAGGGUUUUCUACAUGCAAUAUACCGUUGAAUGGGUGGAGUGGGACGAGUGUGUCCUACCUGUUCGUGUUUAUUUGUUCGACAUCACAGACAGCAGGAAGCGGGAUCCAGUCGACCCUCAAGUUGGCUGCCAAACCGAGUAUGACGUUCCUGCUUGUGACCCGUCCUCAAAUCCCGAUUGUAUUUAUCAGCUGGAGAAUCACCUGGUGAUUCCAAAAGGGGGUAGCAUUAUCUACGGAGUAGCACAUCAGCACGCUGCAGGCAUGGGCAUGAGCAUGCACGGAGAGGACGGUCGGCACUUGUGCUCCUCGAUUCCUCUAUACGGGAAUGGAUCAGCUCCUGGCAACGAAGAUGGCUACGUUGUUGGAAUGUCUACAUGCAUUCCCGAGCCAGGGACUCUAAUGGUCGCGAGCGGUGAGAAGCUCCACUUCUCCUCAUCUUAUAGUUCUGCCCAGGAGCACACGGGUGUCAUGGCGAUCUUCUAUCUCAUGGUGAGCGACAAUGACACUGUGUCUCUAGGAGAAAUCAAGGAUGUGAAAACUAGAGUUAAUGUGAUGGCGGUCACGCUUGGGAUCGUUGCAAUGGUGGCAUUGGUGGUCAGAUUUAGCAUUUGGAACAAGAAACGAGAGUCCCAUAAAGGAUACAAUGCAUUGCUUUAGGAUUAUUUGGGGAUGGCCUGCUAUGAAAUAUAAUAAAUAUAUAUAAAGUUGGGAAAAAAAAAUGCAUAUAUAGAGGUAAGACAUUAAUUAUUGUAAUAUAGCAUAUACUUGAGAUUAAAUUCCAUUCUUGUUUAUAAUAAA